GCACAUGCCCAGAAGAACCGCCUCACCUUCCCUCCCUGUUGGGAGGCUUCUGCCGCUUGCCCAGCGUGAAGUUCGGCGGCCGCCCCCCCCCCUCGCCUCGUUGUCAUGCCGACUCCUCGCCGCCGCCCCCUCGCCGCGUGAGCCGCCGGAGAGGAGCGCGCGCGGGUGUCCCACCCACCCCCGGCACAUGCCCGCCUCCCGGCCGCCGGCAGGAGCAGCAGUUGCAAUAGCAAUAGCCGGGCAUCACCCUCGCCUGCCGGGCGCUUCUGCCUCGGCGUGUUUUUCUCUUUCUCCGCCUCUAACAAAGGGAUCGUCGGCGAGGGAGGCGGCCCCGCCGGCGCGGAAUAAGCGAGGCAGCCCCCUCCCCACGCGACCACCCACCGACCCACCCCGGGCUAUUGUUGCAGCUUCAUCGGACGAGGGCCGGGAGAUGGAAGAUGGAAGGAGGCGACGGUGGGGAAGAAGCAUUUAUUUGGGUUAACGGUGCAUCGGCUCAUUCUCAGAGUGUUGCCAAGGCCAAAUAUGAGUUUUUAUUUGGUGGAUCAGAAAAUGAAAAUAUUUCAGAAUCUGGCAGCCAUGGAGGUAGUAGCACUCUCCUUCCACACAACAUCAACAACGAAUUCCCGGAAUAUGGGGCUGUGGAGGAAGGUGCCAAAACUUCGGAAAUUCCCUCUGUGGUUCACGAAGACGAACUAGUGUGUGUUUCUGAAGGGCAGCCAUGUGGCCAGCGGCCUUCUGAGAACGGCAGACCUAGUGAUGGGGUAGAGUUUUUCUCUGAGGGGUUACAAAUGGCUCCCCAAGAGGAAGAAGUGUCGGAACAGUUUGGCAGGCCGAGUGAGACUAUAGAAACCUCCCAAGAUUUAGAAUCUGAAAAGGCACUAGACAGGGAAAACGAUGCUUUCGGUUCGGAAAAAGAGAGGAAAGCUGGCAGUGUUGCUGAGGAGGCAGCCAGGGAGAUGGUUCUUGCAGGCCAAGAAAAACCUCCAGAAAUGCCUCUCCCAUCUGAAGCAACAGCGGAAAGAAAAUUGUAUUGGAUCGCGGAAGAAGACUCUAUGGUCUUAACUGUGGAAAUACAGCCCGAGACCUUACGAACUGCUGGCGGUGGGACUGAGGAGGCCCACAAAAUAUGUGAAACCAGUUGUCAUAAAGCUCUGGCCCAGCCAGAGGACAGAAAGGUGGGUGCUUCAGGAGUCCUUGGCGGUGCCUGGGCAGACUUUGAGCGGGAGUUUUCUGUGUUUGAUUCAGACAAGGAAGAAAGAGCGCCCGAGAGGAGGAUAUCCAAAGAGGCGGCUGUGAACAAACACGUGGAAUUUCAAGGGGUGGAAAUCCUUUGGAUCCAAAAAGCAGAGGAGCAGAAGGAAACCGGACUCUCUGACACGGAUAGUGUAGAAAGAAGAUUCUCAAAACACAACACUCCACCUGCAGUCUCAUCAGAAUUGGACUGUUUGCCGGAACGCUCCUGGAAUGUAUCCUGGGAAAACUUCAGGCCUUUAACUUCGCUGGCCAAAGGUGGAGAGGAUGAAGUCUUCAUAGUAGAGGAAAAGAAGAACUGGGCAUUGGAGAGGAAAUCUAUGUUGGACAAGGACAGGCUCAUGGAGGAGGAGGAGGAGGAAGAGGAUGAUGAAGAAGCCAUCAGUGGAAGAGUGGAAGAUGUCCUUGGGCAACCGCACUCCGAAGUCUCAACAGAUGUGUACAGCUCCCAGUUUGAAAGCAUUCUGGACAAUGCCUCUUUAUAUUAUAGCGCCGAGUCGCUGGAAACUUUAUAUUCUGAGCCGGAUAGCUACUUCAGCUUCGAAACGCCGCUCACUCCCAUGAUCCAGCAGCGUAUCAAAGAAGACGCUCAAUUUUUAGAAAGGACUCCUGAUGGGGCAACCAGGAAAGGCCACAGUGAUGGGAUUGCCAAUGGACUAGGAGAUGUGAAGGAGACGGACAUUACAGAAGCUUGUCAUUUAGAAAGCAAUGCAAGAUUGGAAUGUACAACGGCGCCAGAUGCCGUAGGGGACAUGGGAAGCAACGAUUUCCUGGAGAAAGAUGGCCACGAAAACCUGGGUCACGACUUCAUCAAUGGGACCACCAGCGGCAAUGUGGAAGCAGCCCGGAGGCUGGCAAAGCGCCUAUAUCAUCUGGAUCGAUUCAAGCGGUCUGAUGUAGCGAAGCACUUGGGGAAAAACAAUGAGUUCAGCAAACUUGUCGCUGAGGAAUACCUCAAGUUCUUUGAUUUCACAGGCAUGUCUUUGGAUCACUCACUCAGGACAUUCUUCAAAGCCUUUUCUCUUAUUGGAGAAACUCAGGAAAGAGAGCGAGUUUUAGUUCAUUUCUCCAACAGAUACUACCAGUGCAACCCAAAUGCCAUUUCCACACAAGAUGGAGUCCAUUGCCUCACGUGCGCAAUCAUGCUGCUGAACACUGACCUCCACGGCCAUAAUAUUGGCAAAAAGAUGUCCUGUCAAGAAUUCAUUGCCAACCUUCAGGGAAUGAAUGAAGGCAAAGAUUUCCCAAGGGAACUCUUGAAGGCUCUCUACAAUUCAAUCAAAAAUGAGAAGCUUGAGUGGGCAGCAGAUGAUGAAGAAAAGAAAAAAUCCCCCUCGGAUGGUACUGACGAGAAGGACAAUGGAACUCAGUCAAAGUCUGGCAACCGCAUAGGCAACUCCGGUAACCCUUUCCUGGACAUUCCUCACGACCCCAAUGCUGCUGUAUAUAAAACUGGAUUCCUGGCACGUAAAAUCCACGCUGAUAUGGAUGGGAAGAAGACUCCACGAGGGAAGAGAGGAUGGAAAGCCUUUUAUGCUGUUCUUAAAGGAACUGUGCUUUAUUUGCAAAAGGAUGAAUACAAACCAGAUAAAGCUUUAUCAGAGGAAGAUCUUAAGAAUGCAGUCAGUGUGCACCAUGCAUUAGCAUCCAAGGCGACAGACUAUGAGAAGAAGCCAAAUGUUCUGAAGCUCAAGACAGCUGACUGGAGGGUCCUGCUUUUCCAAGCCCAGAGCCCGGAAGAAAUGGAGUUGUGGAUCAACAAGAUCAAUUCUGUGGCAGCCGUUUUUUCUGCCCCACCAUUUCCAGCUGCUAUUGGAUCCCAGAAGAAGUUUAGCCGCCCACUGUUACCUGCUUCCACAACCAAAUUGUCUCAGGAUGAUCAGCUGAAAUCGCAUGAAAGUAAACUGAAGCAAAUCUCCACUGAACUAGCUGAGCAUCGUUCCUACCCACCAGAUAAGAAACUUAAAGGCAAGGAAGUGGAGGACUACAAGCUGAAAGAUCAUUAUCUGGAAUUUGAGAAAACUCGGUAUGAAACCUACGUGUCUCUUCUCACAGAGGGAGCCGGCAAGGAGUUGCUGACCACCAAUGAGAGUGACGGCCCGGGACUGAAGAAAUGCCACUCAAGCCCCUCAUUAAAUCAAGAGUCCCCUCUUAGUGCCAAGGUGAAGCGUAACAUCUCCGAGAGGAAAGACUAUAGACCCGAAACACCGAGCAUCAAGCAGAAGGUUACUUAGGGCAACUGAGGCAGGCUGGAGGAACAACAUUAUCGCUCGCUCUUUGAUAACCUGUCCUUUGCAAAAACAAAACAAACAAAAAUUAACACAUCUGCCUGAAUGGGGUGUUAGUGACAUUUUCAAUUGUAAAUUUUUGUUGUUUCUGUACAGGUUGUUGGAGAUGUUUUGGCUUCUGACUUGCAUUUGCCUAGUUCAUUUAUCAUAAAGCAAUUGAUCCAGUCCUUUUAAAAAGAGAGAGAGAGAGAGAAGGAAAAUAAGGUACAGCAAGGGAGAGAUUUGAUGAUGUAUUUAUCUCUCUCAUCUUUUUAUAUUAUUUUGUUGGCUUGUAAUUUUCAUCUCUCAAGUCAUCUGCUGCUUUCCUGCAGUAGGGCAAGUAACUGGACAAAACGAAGCUUACUGAGUCGAUUAGCUUUGUGAACGGAUUCUUGCAUUUUCCAAGGUGGUACAAUAGUAGUCUCAACUAUUAAAAGAGACUAGGUGAAACUGCACAUCCUUGGGGAAAAUUAGGUUUCCAAGUGUUGCAGAGCUCUGCAACUAACAUAUGGUGGAAGCCAUGUCAAUUGCUGGACUGUGAAAAAACCCAGUUGUGAUCUCUGAGCCCCACACUAUGUAAGGGGCUAAAAAGCGAAGGCUGGAUGCAAAGGGGGGGGGUGGAGUUAACAAAGCUAGCAUACUAGAUUUAGACACCAAGGAAGGCCUUUGGUGAUCUGAAAUGGCUCCAACCAAAACUGGGUUAUUUUUUCCAUUUCAUUGAACUGAAAGUCUCAACCAUGGGCCUCUCUGUUUUAUCAGCGAGUUGUGCUACCUGUACAGUUUUCAACAGUAUCUUAGUCAUACAAUUGCUGUACAGACAGCUGUAAUGUGUAGUAUUUAUUUUCCAUCCGCAUUACGAUCCUCCUCCAGAAGUAUGUUCAGGCACUUUAUAGUCUAAAAGACUGCAGCUGAGAAUUUCUCUCUUGAUGCUGGAAUGUCUGAAGGGACAGCAUGUUACCCAGUUCCCUUCUGUAACUAAAAGUCAUGGAGACCUAGAGAUAUGGCGUUUGGAAUGACAGCUAGAUCCUUUCUUCCUGCAAACGAAAAGCUGGCUCCAUUCCAGCCACCUUGUGCCAGCCAGCAGAUCCCUCCAGCUAAAAUAUCACCCACCAGAGAUAAUGCCCUCCACAUUCUGUUUCCUUUCAUCGCAGAGAGAACAUGGGCUAAGAAUAAAAAUGAUAGAUUGUCCCGCUGGCUCCCAGAACAGGCAGCUCAAAGUUAAGGACACACAUUGCUCCCAUAUGUGAUGGAUGAGGAACCUGUAGCUGUUCACCUGUCGUUGGGCUGCAACUGGCAUAAUCUCUGGCCAUUGGCUAUGCUGACUGAGCCUGAUGGGAAUUCAGCAAAGUGUCCACAGGUUUCCCAUCCCUGCUGUUGAUCUGGGGGCAGUGUGUGUGUGUGUGUGUGUGUGUGUGUGUGUGUGUGUGUGUGUGUUUCUGUCUGUCACAGACAGGGUAAAGGGUGAGCUUCCACUUUCCCAUGAAGCCAUCUGCCUCAGAGAUGAGGAAGAAGGGCUAUAGUGACAUGCUGUACUAAAUAAGAAGCUGCCAUUUGCCAGGACACAGGCUAGGUGCAACUAGAAGUGUUGCUCUGUCCCUCAUCCUCUGUGGCGAAAGGCGCAUAUUCCUGGCAUUGACGGUCAGAGUGGCAACUAGUUGAGAUUAAUCCGAGAAGUGCAAAGCAGUGGGACAGGAAUCCCUUGCCACCUGCACCUUCCUAGGGAGACCCAACCUGUAGCUGAGAAUUGUCAGUCCUGUUACGUUACGAAGGGCGAAACCGGCCAUUAAUGUAGAAACGUUGAUAGUUACGGUGAGAAUGAUGAGCCCAGAAGUGUGGCAUUUGUGAGGCAGUGGCUUGCAAGUUCUUCUGCCGUAGCUCAUUUUUCACCAGUGGUUCGGAAAAGUCAGCAAGCUGUCCAGUUAUAAUGAGAAGAGAGAGACAGCAAUAAAGUGACAGAACCGAUUAGCAUUGUUGGAGAAGGAAGGGGUGACCUUGGCUUCGCUGCCGUGUGUAUCGUCUCUGGUGGAGUGCAGGCAAAAAGUGAAGGUGACCUAUAAAAGAUGGGGGGGGGAGAGCGCCCACUGUUUUGAAAGCCGUGGAAGCAGGUAGAGUUGAGG